GAAUAUUCUUGUGAUGUUGACAGAAUCGAUAAAUUCUUUCUCAUCAUUUUUGUUUCUCUCAUUAUCUACGAAUAAUGUGAAAAACCUAUGAUCAUCCAUCCAAGAAUUCCGAUACGGUAAUCGGAAACUUUUUCAACUUUAAUUCGCCUCGAUCAUCAACAAAUUGUCGCAACGUGGUUUUAUUUAAUGUUGUGUGAUUCGUAUUGCCAUCAAUCAAUCUUCCAUUCAAUCUUUCAUUAUUUUGUGAUACAAAUAAUUCUCAACAGAAACCAAAUAUGGCUACUAAGCAGAACAUAAGAAUUUUGUCAAUGAUAAUGAUGAUAAUAAUGGUAACAUUGAUGAUGAUAAUCAAACCAAGUGAACAAGAAUAUUAUACAGCAUUAGUACAUUUGGAAAAAUUAUUAAAAACAGAACAAAAUAUUGUUAAAAAUUUAAAUGAUUAUCUGGAUAAUGAAGAAAAACGUUUAAAAUCAUUAAAACAAUUAGCAUAUCAUUAUAAUAAAUUAAAUUUAUUGGCUAAUCAAGAUGUACAAACAUAUCUAUCGAAUCCAGUUAAUGCAUAUUUAUUGGUUAAACGUUUAACAACUGAUUGGAAUCUUGUUGAAUAUCUGAUCGAUUCGGAUCGUAAAGAUUUAAUACAUUUAUUAAAUGAAAAUGAAACAUUUCCAUCGGCUGAAGAUUUAUCUGGUGCUGCUGAAGCAUUACUUCGUUUACAGGAUACAUAUCGUUUGGAUACAACAAUGUUAGCCAAUGGUGUUAUACCAUCGAUAAAAAAUCAACAUCCAAUCGAUUAUAAUGAUCUCAAUAAUAACAAACGUAACAUUGUCGAUAAUAAUGAUAUGAAUUCAAUUGAUUCGGCAACAAAAUUAGUGAUGCCAUUAACAGCAAAUGAUUGUUAUGAACUUGGCCGUCAAGCAUAUCAUCAAAAAGAUUAUCAUCAUACUGUUUUAUGGAUGAAAGAAGCAUUACGUCGUUUAGAUGAAGAAUAUAAUGGAAUAUCAUCAGCUGAUAAACAAACAAAUGAUCGUGUAAAUAUUAUUGAACAUUUAGCAUUUGCAUCAUAUCAACUUGGAUCAUUACAAGAUGCAUAUGAAUAUACGGUAGAUUUAUUGACAUUAAAUCCAAAUCAUGAACGUGCACUUGGAAAUUUAGAAUUUUUUGAUAAUGAAUUAAAUAUUAGUAAUCGUUUACGACGGAUACGAAAAGGUGAUACAAAUGAUCCAGAUGUACCGGAUGAAAAUGCAAUUAGUGAAUCAAAAUGGCCAUCAGAAGAAAAUGAACGUGAUAUAUAUGAAGCAUUAUGUCGUGGUGAAAAUCGUAUACAUGAAACGAUUCGUUCCAGAUUAAAAUGUUAUUAUUUGGAUACAAGUAAAUUAUCGGAUAAAUAUGUACGAUUAUGGCGUAUUAAAGUUGAAGAAGCAUAUAAACAACCAAAUAUUGUACUUUUUAUUGAUUUUAUGUCGGAUUAUGAAAUUAAUGUUGUUCAACGAUUAGCUGAACCAUUAUUGAAACGUGCAACCGUACAGAAUUAUUUUACCGGAAAAUUAGAAACAGCCAAGUAUCGUAUUUCGAAAUCUGCUUGGCUAACUAAUCGUGAUCAUGAAGUUGUUUAUAAAAUUUCACGUCGUAUUCAAGCAAUCACUGGUUUGGAAAUGGAUACAGCUGAAGAAUUACAAGUUGUUAAUUAUGGUAUUGGUGGUCAUUAUGAACCACAUUAUGAUUUUGCACGUCGUGAAGAACCACGUGCAUUUGAUUCAUUGGGAACGGGUAAUCGAAUAGCAACAUGGUUAAAUUAUAUGAGCAAUGUACAAGCUGGUGGUGCUACAGUAUUUCCACAUUUAGGUGUUACAUUAUGGCCAAGAAAAAAUGCAGCAGCAUUUUGGUAUAAUCUUUAUAAAUCAGGUGAUGGUGAUCUAUUAACACGUCAUGCAGCAUGUCCUGUAUUGGUUGGUUCAAAAUGGGUAUCAAAUAAAUGGAUACAUGAAAUUGGCCAAGAAUUUCGUAAACCAUGUGGCCUUUGGCAAAAUGAAUUGAAUAUUGUUCAACAUGUUGAUUAGAUGA